GAAACUAAAACUAUCACGUGACCAACACGUGGGGAGUAUUGUUGGCUUCUUUUCCUACUACCCAAGAUAUAUGGCGACUCCUUCGAUUCAAGAGCAGAUAAAGGCCCAAGGAGAAGUAGUGAGGCAGCUAAAGAAAGACAAAGCGCCGGACGAAAAGAUCAAGGAGGAAGUGGCAAAGCUGUUGGAACUAAAGAAACUGGUGGACGAUGGGAAGAGCAGUGGCCAGUUCGUGCUCAAAUGUCCCAAAGGGACAAGGGACUACGACCCAUUCCAGAUGGCCAUCAGAGAGAAGGUUUUCUCUGUCAUAACCUCGUGUUUCAAGAGGCACGGAGCCGUGGCUAUCAGUACCCCAGCCUUUGAGUUGAAGGAGACUCUGCUAGGAAAGUAUGGAGAAGACCAGAAGUUGAUCUACGAUCUUGCAGACCAGGGAGGGGAGCUGCUGUCUCUCAGAUACGAUCUCACUGUGCCGUUUGCCCGCCAUGUGGCCAUGAAUAACAUUAAGACAAUGAAACGCUACCACAUUGACAGGGUGUACAGGAGAGACCAGCCGAGGAUGACACUCGGUCGCUACAGAGAGUUCUACCAGUGUGAUUUCGACAUAGCCGGAGAGUACGACCCCAUGAUACCUGAUGCUGAGUGUGUGCGAAUAGUGUUCGAGAUCCUCUCUCAAUUGGACCUUGGCAGCUUCGUCAUCAAGGUGAACCAUCGUAAGCUGCUGGACGGCAUGUUUGAAGCCUGCGGAGUACCUCCAGAGAAGUUUAGGUCGAUUUGCUCUGCUGUUGACAAACUGGAUAAGGCAGAGUGGGAGGAGGUGAAGAAGGAGAUGGUGGAGGAGAAGGGCCUGGAGGAAGUAGCUGCCGGCAGAAUCGGAGAAUACGUCAAACUGAACGGUCGGUUAGAGCUACUGGAGAGACUAACCUCGGACGAGAGGCUGACAGCUGUGCCCAGCUCCGUGGCAGGUCUGGAAGAUAUGAAACUACUGCUGCAGUACUGCAAACUCUUCGGAGUCCUCGAUAAGGUCAGUUUUGAUCUAAGUCUGGCUAGAGGACUGGACUACUACACUGGAGUCAUAUAUGAGGCAGUUCUGACAGGUGAUCCGUCAAAGGGGAAAGAGGGAGGCGUCCCUGCUGUUGGCUCUGUGGCUGGUGGUGGUCGCUAUGAUGGACUGGUGGGUAUGUUCAAUAGCCAAGGGUAGACAGGUCCCGUGUGUAGGAGUCAGCAUUGGCAUCGAGAGGGUCUUCUCUAUCCUCGAGAGCAGGGCCAGGGCAGCUGGAGGCCAGGGAGUCCGCACCAUUGAAACACAGGUGAUGGUAGCUUCAGGUCAGAAGAACCAGUUGGAGCAGAGGAUGAGGGUGUGCACACUGCUGUGGGAUGCCGGGAUCAAGACCGAGAUGUUGUACAAGAAGAACCCGAAACUGCUCAACCAGUUCCAGUACAGCGAGCGAGAGGGGGUGCCCCUGCUCGUUAUCCUGGGGGAAGAGGAGACAGCCAGGGGAGGGGUCAAGAUUAGGGACACUCACACCAGACAAGAGGAGUUUGUAGAGAUGGCUCGCCUAGUGCCAGAACUAAAGAAAAGACUAGCUGAAACCCAGUAGCUACACACGUAGAUCCUUUAUUCUCACACAAUCAUUGCAUUAUUAAUGUACGUUAAAAGUUGGUAUUAUAGUUAUACAAAAGUAGGAGAAUGGAUGGGGGUGAGAGGAACUAGUCACUAGAGCUGUCAUGUCUGUGACGACGAGAAUUUCUUGUUUUAUCCCCCCGUGGACUCCGCCUCCUCUUGUUACUCUCCCUGUCUUCCGACCCACUCUCGGAUCUUCUCCUUGGUCUUUUGUCCCUCUUCCUCCUCAUUCUCUCCUCCUCCUUCUCCAAGUCUCUCACCCCCAACUUGCUUAUCUCCCUCUGUCUCUUCUCCCUCUUCCUCCUCUUUCUCCUCUGCUCUUCCUCAGAAUCACUCUCUCAACCUCGUGUCUAUCUCUCCGUACAUUG